ACUGUGAAGGUCACUGUAGAAGAACUAUCCGUGAGUCACCCCUGCAUUGCAGUUAUGGGAAUGUUGAAAUCACUACACCAACUUCAAGUUGAAAAUCGGCAGCUAGAAGAGCAAAUUAAAAAUUUGACAGCUAAGAAGGAGCGCCUCCAGCUACUAAAUGCUCAGCUUUCAGUCCCAUUUCCUGUCAUGAAUUCAAAUACCAGUCCAACAACUCAAACACACCCAUUCACAGUGCAAACUGUUCACAACGCAACUUCCUUGCACAGCAGCAAAGGUUCCCAUCUGAGCAACAGUUUUCUGCCUGAAAGUUCACUUCCAAUACCAACCCAGGAACGAGCUUGCAGUGGACAUAGUACGAGCAGUUCUUCUCUUGCCAGCCCAUCCACAACUGGACAGAGUCCAGCUCUGCAAGGAUCAGGAAUGCAUCAGGUUAAUUGUAUGUCAGGAGCACUAGCUAGUGGUAUGCAGACAAUGGCCUCCUCCAUCCCCACGAUGUCUUCAGUAGGUGGACUAAUGGGAACUUUACCAGGAAAUCAACUAGCAAUAAAUGGAUUUGUGGGUACUUUAAAUGGAGUUAUACAGACUCCCAUCUCAAUAUCACAAAAUGCAAGUCCGCUAACACAUGCAGCUGUAGCACCUAAUGUGACUGUUCCAUUGUCCACCAAUCUAAACAACAGACAACGACAACAAUUCCAACGCUCAAGAAAUCAACCAAGAAAAAUCAGACCCAUUGACUGCCACCUCAUCCGUCACUGGUGUACUGUUGCAGCAGCAGACAUUCCAAAAGACACAAGCAGCAACCGAACAAGGCUCUACCAGCAGCAUUUUCCCAGCAUGUGA